UUAUUUAUAUAGCUCUGUAGCUUGCAGUAUUUUGAAGGAGAUAAGCAAGGGAAAAUGAUGCUUUGGUUAAUAUUUCUCACGUGAAAGGAAACAUGACCAUGCUAACUGAAAAAUGGAUACAUGAAUAUUGGUCAAAUGUACCUACAUCUUCUGAAGCUGUGUUGGGCCUACUUGAUCAUUUAAAAAAAAGUCACAUAGACGAUGUCCAUAAAUUAGACAACAAUACUGAACAGUUGUAGCCCGUUGGUAGUGGUAGGCUUCUGGCUGUGAUCUCUGACCACUGUAACAGUGAAUAGUGGCAAUUUACCCGCGGUGUAUAGGCUUGUUUACUAGGCUAACUAGUGCAUUGGGGUGGGCUAUGUGCAGCAUGGGCAUACAGGAAACCACUCUAGCCGCUUAACUCACCUUGGCCACGAGCUCUAUAGUUUACAGCUAUUGCAUCACCUACAAAGCAUCAACUGAAUGUUGAAUGUCAGUUUGAGAGAUCAUCCCGGGCUUUGCCCCGUCUGCUGUAGCUGAGAUGUCCCUGGAGGACAUAGAACAACAAGACUAUGAUGUUUCUGACACUGAGAGAGUCAGAGCCUUGUCCCAGUCUCUAGACCUGCCUGUCUGUGUGGUGGAUGACCACCUGACCUCUGAAGCUGUCAAUGAGAUGGAGCAGAGCAAUUCUACCAGGAGCAGAGCAACCUCAGUGAUGGAAACCACAGAAGAGGGGAAGCUCAACAAUGUGGAACAUCUGACACUGAUGGACUUCCUUCAAAACCUAACUGAGAAGCAAUGGAGGGGGAUUCGUGAGGGCAUGUUUGACCCGCUGACAAAACAACAGCUUGCCGGCUUGUGUCUGAGGAUUGUCCAGUUUUUAUCGGACAAGCUGAUGCAGAUCAUCAUCCCAGGUCUUUACGAACUACUGGGCAUCCAAGAUGCUGCCUCCUCUCCAUUGUCACAGAGAUCUCUCACAGCGUCACUCACCAGUCCGUUAGACGAUAAGACUAACACCAAGUCCCGCGUGAGAUUUACUGAGGCUGGUGUACCUAAGAGGCCAGGCAGUCGAAAGUCUUACAAUAGCUUUCGCAUCCCGACUCCCUACCCUUCCUCCAACUGUAUGGAGCAGGAAGAGGAAGAAGAGCAGGAAUCACAACUUAAGUUCAAGGAGAUUUACCUGACUAAGGGCAGUGGAAGCUACCUGCCCAAGGGGGCCAUGAGGUAUGUUCUUAAAGGGAAAUUUAACAACUUCAUAUUCAUCUCCAGCAUCACCAUAUGUGAAAAUUACACAUUUCCAUGCUUUGUAGUAAAAAAUAUAGAGGGACGUAACUGUUUCCAAUAGUGCUGAGAAAUUAGUGCUUUUUGAGGUUGGUUUGGUUUCGAUUCAAAUAUUUAAAAAAUAAUCACGGUUUUGGAUUUCAAUACUUUUUUUAGACAUUGAAUGCACUAUGGAUUAUGUGUGUUGAAUGCUGUAACAACACAUAAUAAAACAAUGAAUAAAAGUCCCAUGAUGGUAGUGACUGUCCAUUACUGUUUAUGACUUAUCAACCAUCAUUUACUU